GAAUUCAAAAUACGCGAAACAACAAACGGUCGAAAUCGGGUGCAAACUAGAGGCAUUCAACGUACAGAAUAACAACGAAAACUACGGCCCAGUACCACGUGACUGGAUGGAUAAAUUUACCAAACCCGAUUCUUAUAGUGGUUCCAAUACACAAUCCACAAAAUCGAGGAAAGAUCUGGAAAAUGUCACUAAUGAUGGGACGAAACUGGGGAUCGAAGCGGCGCAUGGCCUUAUGUCAGAGCUUCUGAAGUCGAUGAUCUUCAACUCCACGCAGUUGUGAUCAAGACUGGUCCAGGUACUUUCAGCCGGAUAUUAACACGGGCUCUCGAGUAAGUAAGCUAUCCUGUACUUUACACAAGGCCAACGAUAUCCCAGACGCUAUAUAUCGACAUCUCUAUGCACCUACAUAUCUUCGGCACAAUUCCCGUGUAUGGGGCGCGCGGGGGAGUGGGGUGGUUGCUUUGGAGGUUCAACACAAAGGAAUACAAAAUUCAGACACUUGCCCAAAGUCUUCGUUGUGUGCGGCUGGCUCGUGCAGAGUAUCAAUAGGAUUGGGAAUAGAAGAUAAGAGUAUGUAGAUAUCAGCGUUCACAAGUAUGUGUACGAUAUGCGGACUCGAGUAAGCUGGGUUGCCGGAUACAGCUGCUCAACGCACCCCGGCCAUCGCUAGCGAGUUCAUACUUCGUCUACUCUUGAGUAUAUGUAGAUAAACAAUCAGUAUAUGUCGAUUGCGGGAUAAACGUUCGAACGCCCCUCCGGCCCCACAGCCCGCCUUGGAACUUAGACACGUGCUUACAACGCCCAACAUGGGAGCUACUGGGCGCAGAGCACACACGCAGCACCUUACCGCUCUACUUAUAUACUGUCCAGGUUUGUAGAAAGCGGUCGUCGAAUGUGCAUGUGAGGGUCAACAGCCGGAAACGUUGGGUGGAUUGUAGAUAGCCUUUGUAGGGCUUCCGCGAUGUAUGUGCACAGCAAAUGAUAGGUACACACAGAGUACACUCAGUACAGUCAGUGUUUCCACCCACAAGUGACCGUUACACCAAGACCAUGUAUGACGACAUUGACGAGUGAUAGCUAAACCACAAAUAUAUAGAUUCUAUUUUUCAAGAGAUAUAAUAUAAAUCUGUAUACACGCUUAUGACUCUAAAGUCUGAGGGCUGAUGAGUGAUAUUUAACUUAUCACUCAAUAGGUAUCUACAUUGUAUUCUAGAAGCA